AUGCAGUCAAAAGCGGGCGCAGGCGCGGGCGCGGGCCAGGAAGCAGGCAGCACCUCCAUCUCGACCUCCAGCGCGACCUCCACCUCGUCCUCUUCGCUCACCUCCACUCUCGUCUCAUUGCAAAGUCACCUAUCCAAAGUUGAUCUUUCUAGUCCCGUGCUGUCCCUCUCCUCAGGGGACAAUGCGCACAGUCUUCUCUCCCUCAAGCCUUCUCUCAUGCUGGAGUAUCUUCAAGCUCUCUCUCUUCUAUCCUCUUUCCAACUAUCCAAUCGUUCCAUCUCCUCCGUUGCCAAUGACAAUCAAGCAAAAGAGUUGGUCGUCGCUUUGAUUAGGAUUAGACUUUGUUUGGAGAGGGUCAGGGUACUGGAACUUAGAGCCAAGCCCGGCAUCGAUAGAGUGGUCAGAGCGGCUGAAGAGAGUCAAAGUAGGAUCAAAUUGGCCAAAAAAUCGGGCGAUAAGCAGACGGAUGAGGCUCGGGUGCAUGGAAAUGAUGAUCAUGACUUGUUAUCCUUUAGGCCCAAUCUUGACGCAUUCGCCUCGAUGCGACCCUCAAGUGAUGCUCAGGACGAUGCCCCUUCUCGCUCCAGCAAGGACGGCAUUUAUCGUCCACCUCGCCUAGCUCCCGUUCCCUACACUGGCGAUCGACCACGUGUGCGACGUGGCGCGGACCAAGUCGAAGGCGGAGGCAUCUCUUCCGACGAAGCAGAAGCGGACGGUCCAGAUUCGUCCCGUUCAAGAUCGAGAAGAGCAUUACCUCGCAACGCAUCCUUGCUCAACGAUUUAUCUCAAGGUCUCUCCUCCCUACCGUACGAAGCCUCAUCAAGCGGAUCCGGAGGAGGAGCUCUUCAAGGUUCUUCCUCCGCAAGCACAUCUCACCGAGCUAGAAAGUUGGCCGAGAUGCAAGAGUACGAAGAGUCGAAUUUGACCAGAUUGGCCACUUCUGGUAAAGAAGCCAAGAGGCGUAGAAAGGAAGAGGAGAGCUUGGCUUUGGGAGGUGGAGAGAGGGGUGGUGGAGCUGACAGUCUCAUGAACGAAUUUGGAGGACUUUUGAGUUCUAGAGGAGGAGGAGGAGGAGGAGGAGCAGGUGGGAGUGGAAGAAGGAAGAGAAUGGAAAAGGAUGCGUAUGAGGAGCUCAGAGGAAAGGGAAGAGACAAGGCGCUGGAUAGAGCUAGAGGCAGGAGGGGAGAUGCCAAGGGCAAUCCUCAAUUCUUGGACUCUGCUCAGACUCGACCUGCAUCGCUCGGCAAGAGCAAAUUCAAAAAGGAUCUCAAAAAGGAGAGGAGCAAGAGACGAUCAUGA